AGACAGCUGAUGUGCCGAGCCUUCCGCACCUUCGCUUGCUUGCGGCAGGGUUCAUGUUGAUAAGUAGACGGCUCGACAUUAUUUUAGUUUAAUAAAAAUAGUUAAAAUGUUGCAGAGGGACAGAAUAGCGCUGCUAUGGGCCUUUCUGCAGGCUGUGCUGGUCGUGGCGUUCUGCUUUACUGACAUGGAAACGGGGCCUGGCGCAGGUGUAUCGGCGCAGCCGAACGGAGACCGCUUCAAAAUUGAGGGGAGGGCGACAGUCCCGGGGGUUAAAACACAAGACUGGGUAUCCUCAGCCAGAGUCCUCGUGGAAGGUGAAGAAUACGUCGGAUUUUUGAGAACUGAUGGAAGUUUUGCAGUCAAUGACGUCCCCUCAGGAUCCUAUGUUGUUGAAGUUAUCAGCCCAAACUAUAGAUUUGAGCCUGUGCGUGUUGACAUCACAUCUAAGGGUAAAAUGAGAGCACGUCUUGUCAACUACAUCAAGCCUUCUGAAGUAAUUCGUCAGCCGUAUCCUCUUCAAAUCAGAGCCAGUGGUCCUCACAACUACUUCAUUAAGAGAGAAACCUGGGGCUGGACUGACUUCCUCAUGAACCCAAUGGUUAUGAUGAUGGUUCUGCCUCUGCUCAUCAUUGUUCUGCUGCCCAAGGUGGUCAACACCAACGACCCUGAGAUGAGAAAGGAAAUGGAGCAGUCCAUGAACAUGCUGAACCCCAACCCCGAGCUUCCAGACGUCUCCGAGCUCAUGACCAAGCUCUUCUCCGGCUCCAAGGGCUCCAGCAAGGCCGGCAGCAGCAGCAAGGGCACCAGGCCGGCCGCAAAGAGGAGGUAGUACUGUAGGUGUCUCCUCAGUCUGCCUGAAGAAAAUCAAGUUAUGCCAUGAAAGCAAGAUUUUUAAGUGUCAUUUUUCCCCCUCUGGGUCUAUUGUACAGUUUUCUUUAUUGAUAGAUGUUUUGAGCACAUCUUGAUUUCUAAUAUGCUAUUGGAAACUAAGAAAAAAACGAGAUGGUUUUCAUACUGCACUGACGGACAUUUCUUAAACCCUUAAAAAGCUGUUAUCCUUAAUUUGUUCUUUAUUCCUUCUGUGGCUCCACUACUCAUCAAUCUUUCCUGUGUUAAUCCUCCGGUGUAAAUUUCUCCACUGCUGCUUACUCCACUACCUUAAAGAGAACAUAUAUACAGAGAUUUCCUUGGUUCUUUUUGAAUUUCAGUAACAUGACUGUGAAUGAAAAUAGAUUGAAUUUUAAGACCUGAUAAAUUCUUAUUUAAAAAUAUCCUAGAUAAAUGAAACGCAAUGAUAUAUAACAGGUGUUUUUAUUUCAGAUCAUCUUAUUUGUUGGAGAGUGACGCAUGGCCUUCUCAUUUUCUGAUUAAUUAUAUGGCCAUGAUUCACAUACUGUACAUUCUGUGCCUAAGGUGUAUAAACUAUCAUGGUUUCAUGGGCAGUUUAAGGGUGAAAGAGCUGUGUGGUUGCUUUCAAGAUCUUUAGAGUGUAACUGAUUUAAUUUUAAUAAAGCAGUUAAUAAAGUCUUAAUAAAAUGUG